AUGGGAAAUCACACACAUCCCACAGAAUUCAUCCUCGUGGGCUUUUCAGCUACGAGGGAGCUGCAGAAGGUCCUCGUUGCACCGUGUCUCGCACUCUAUCUACUGAUGAUGGCUGGGAAUGCUUCUGUUGUGGCCAUGAUCUGUUUUGAUUCCCGGCUUCACACCCCCAUGUACUUUUUCCUGUGUAAUUUCUCUGUGGUAGAGAUGCUCGUCACGUCCACUGUGGUGCCCAGAAUGUUAGUAGGCCUCCUCUCUGAAAGAGACGCCAUUCCCUUUGGGGAAUGCUUGACUCAGUUUUAUUUCUACUUUUCCUCGGGGACCACAGCAUUCCUCCUCCUGGCUGUAAUGUCCAUUGACCGCUACGUGGCUAUAUGUCACCCCCUCCGCUACUCCACCAUCCUGACCAACGAUGUCUGCAUCCAGUUGGCUUUUGGGGCCUGGGCAACUUCCUUCUUUUCCAUGAUACCACCUUCAGUUUUCAGGGCUAGGCUGCCAUUUUGCCUCUCCAACCAGAUUGACCAUUUCUUCUGUGACAAUGCACCCUUGCUCAAGCUUUCCUGCUCAGACACCCACUUUAUUGAACUCUGGGAUUUCCUUCUUGCUAUUCUUUUUAUCUUUAGCUCUUUUGUAGUGACAGUUGCCUCCUAUGUUGCAAUCCUCUUUACUAUUGUGAGGAUCCCUUCGGCCACCGGCCGUCAUAAAGCCUUCUCCACCUGUGCCUCACAUUUCACUGUGGUGGUCAUUGGCUAUGGCACCACCAUUUUCAUCUACGUGAGGCCUAACAAAAACUACUCCACAGACAUGAACAAAAUGAUAGCCCUGUUGACCUCUAUAGUCACUCCAUUUCUAAAUCCCUUCAUUUUCACCUUGAGAAAUGAGAAAGUUAAAGAGGUCAUUAGAGACUGGUUGGGGCACCGAAGAAGUUUAUAG